AUGGAGGUGGUGUCGAACGGGCAUGAGGACGAGGUGGACGCUGCGGUGGGAUUUCGGCGUUUUCCGAAUGCACCGCACAUGACACAUACCGUCUUCCGCCCCUCAAAGAACCUGACCGCCACCUCAACCACGGCUGCGUCUUUAUCGGCCUUGGGCGUCCACAGUACCUACAACACGUUGACGCCAGAUGCCCUUGCAAACUUGCGUCUGCACAAGGGCCUCCUGGUCGAUGACUUUCCUUCACGUCCGCAUACGCCACAAGGCGCCAGGCCCGCCGCGUCACUGCCACCGCUGCUGCCGGCGGAUCGUCUCUCGGUCGAGUCCAGCGACAGUCUUCGCGCAAGAGGUGGUGAUGUGUUUCGAGAGUGGGUGAAGGCGUCCACUAACUCCUCCACAUCCUCAGCUGACGGAGCUGACGGCGGCGAAACAGGAGCGGCUGCAACCAACGGCAAUGCGCACGACUCCCUCAAAUUCGUCAACGCAUCAGCGCUGGUAGCUUCGCGGGGCACAGAGAGCAGGCAGAGUUCCGCCUCUGCUUUGGUGCCGCCCGGGACGUUAGCCCAGGCAAAGACAGCGUUUGCAUCGUCUGAUCACUGCCCGCCGGUAUCCGUCUCGCCGGAAUCGAUGCGUGCCGUGCAGCCAAAGAGUUCAACGGCCUCCUUCACCCCGUUACAGGCACCGGAAGCGUCCAGUGAGCCCACAGUGGACACAGCUCUGCAUCGCUUACGCGACGUACUGGUGCAGGCGCAGCGCGUGCUGGAUAAAUCACAAAUAUCCAGGGAUGUCCGUGCACUUCCCGUGCCGCCAGCUAUGCCACCCGAGCCUGCGGAGUCAGCACAGCACCAACAGCAGAUGGCAGUCCUUCCUGCCCCCACGUUCAUCGGCUCGUCCGCUGACGAGGAUGUGAUGCUGGAGGACUCACUAGACUGUGUAUCGCCCCUCGCCAGCACGCACGCGGCACUCUAUGCUUUAUCCCAAGCAGAACGGCGAGUGGGUCUGCCAGAUGCGGCUUCGCCAACGUUAGCCGCCGCUAAGAUGGCCGAUAACGUCGCGGUACCUGACGAAACCCGCUUUAUGGUGUUGUGCGCCGUCACUCACCCGUCGGCCAUCAUGGAGCGGCGCCUCCGUCGCCGCGGGCCAGCAACGAAAGCCUCUAUGGAAGGAUUGACCUCUCCUCCGGCUCAUUCGCUGUUUGCCACGUGCGUGGAGACAGGGGCGAGGCAGACGUCUUCACGCCGCAUCGCUGAGGUGCCGAGCACAUCCGCCACCGUCAGUGCAUCUCCCGUUGCGCAUGCGACAACAGCGGCCGACCAGCCGCAGCGCUCGUCGUCGCCAAACGCAUGUGGUGGUGAGCAUCCCAGCUCGCGUACGCCGACGCAGCGAAGUCCAGCUGAGGGCCCCGUGAGCCGUCUCUUACACGAGGAUCCGUCGCUGAUUCUGGGACUAGCCGAGUUUUUGCGAGCUGGAAACCCCAAUGGCUUCCCUUCCCUCAGCGCAGCUACCCACGCGGCGACGCCUGCACUGGCGAAGGCGUCGCCGUCAGCUCACCGUCCUCGCCGCCGCUCUGGACCCCCUGUCGCAGCCGCUCCAGCUCCUGCUGGGUUGCUCGGUCAUUCCCCAUCGUUGUUGCUACGCCGUGGCUCUAGUGGCACCGCACGGUCUCAGGCAGACCGUGCUGCGACCCCGUCGUUGCAGCUGCCAUACGCGCACACAGAGGGGAGUGCGACCGUAGCGAACGUCUCACCACGCCGCGGGUCUGCCCGUGCCCGCCGUGUAGACUCGACGCCUAGUUACGCGCAGCCGACACUGAGCUGGCUUUCCAAAGGGUCUGAGGCUUCCGCUGAUCAGUUCCCAGUGAGCCGUGUCGCUUCGCCACAGAGGAGCCCCUUGAAGGAUUCGGCGACAGCGUCGCGUGACGGCGCACCAAGUGAGCGGGCACUACUUUAG